UGCCUGGGCCGUACCAAGUGUCACCGCAGCAAGAGGGGGAGUCAGAAGAAAAACAGAUCAGACCAGAGCAGACAAUAGGCCCCUAAAGUGUUCCCCCUAAGUUGCUUUGAUGUUGUCCUAGUGUCUUGAUACCAGGAGGCCAGGGAUUGCAGGAAAAGGGUCUUUUUUGUCUUCAUUCACUUUCCCCCCUCAGUUUGUGAAAUGAUUCUCUAGAAUUUCUCCUCAUAAAAAAAGGAUGUGGGACUAGCUGGUGUCGCUCCACUUUGACUUCAACAUUGACUUCCGUGUGGAAGGCAGGAAAUCUUGGAAAGUUCUUCUGGGCCCCGAUGUAGAAGAGAGCGCAGAUUGGGCAUUGAGAAGGUGAGGGUCCCCUGUGAGAGAGGGCUUCCUGGACUCCUUGGACGCCUCACCUCCAGGAUGAGCUCUGCAGUGUCGUGACCCUCGGGGUUUGGGGUCCCUGGAGAUGCGAGAUUCCCCUUGGGCAGUAGGAGGCACACACCCAGAGAAUGCAGGAGCUGCGAGGGGCAAGGACCCACUUCCACAGCAGAGAAAAACCAAGAGGAAAAAGGCACCCCGGCCACCAGCGCUAAGGGACGCGCCCAGCAAGCAGUGGGCCGCGGCCACUGCCCUCAGCAGCUGCCGCUGCUGCCGCCCGAGCAGAACUCGGCGAGCCUGUCCCGCGUGUGACUGCAAGCUCAGGAUUCCAAUCAAUGCAUUCCAGUAACGCUAAACUGAGGAGCUCUCCGUCAGGCAGCGCGCAGAGUAGCCCUAAGUCAAAGCAGGAGGUGAUGGUCCGUCCCCCUACAGUGAUGUCCCCCUCUGGAAACCCCCAGCUGGAUUCCAGAUUCUCCAAUCAGGGUAAACAGGGGGGCUCAGCCAGCCAGUCCCAGCCAUCCCCCUGUGACUCCAAGAGUGGGGGCCAUGCCCCUAACGCACUCCCUGGCCCAGGUGGGAGCAUGGGGCUGAAGAAUGGGGCUGGAAAUGGUGCCAAGGGCAAGGGGAAAAGGGAGCGAAGUAUUUCCGCCGACUCCUUUGAUCAGAGAGAUCCUGGGACUCCCAACGAUGACUCUGACAUGAAAGAAUGUAAUUCUGCUGACCACAUAAAGUCCCAGGAUUCCCAGCACACACCACACUCAAUGACCCCGUCAAAUGCUACAGUCCCCAGGUCUUCCACCCCCUCCCAUGGCCAGACUACUGCCCCAGAGCCCACACCUGCUCAGAAGACUCCAGCCAAAGUGGUGUACGUGUUUUCUACUGAGAUGGCCAAUAAAGCUGCGGAAGCUGUAUUGAAGGGCCAGGUCGAAACGAUUGUCUCUUUCCAUAUCCAGAACAUCUCUAACAGCAAGACAGACAGAAGCACAGCCCCUCUGAACACACAGAUCGCCUCCCUUCGGAGUGAUCCGAAACCUCUCCCACCACAACCCCCAGCUCCAGCGAACCAGGACCAGAACUCUUCGCAGAGCACCAGACUGCAGCCAACUCCACCCGUUCCAGCACUAGCACCCAAGCCUGCUGCACCCCCACGCCCCCUGGACCAAGACAGUCCUGGGGUGGAAAACAAACUGAUUCCUUCCGUGGGCAGCCCCGCCAGCUCCACGCCACUGCCCCCUGAUGGCACCGGGCCCAACUCGACGCCCAACAACCGCGCUGGGACCCCCGUCUCCCAGGGGAGCAGUAGCUCUUCAGCAGAUCCCAAAGCCCCCCCACCUCCACCGGUGUCCGGUGGCGAGCCACCCCUCCUGGGGGAGAACCCCGACGGGCUGUCCCAGGAGCAGCUGGAGCACCGGGAGCGCUCCUUACAAACUCUCCGAGACAUCCAGCGGAUGCUCUUCCCCGAUGAGAAAGAAUUCACGGGAGGGCAAAGCGGGGCGCCCCAGCAGAACACUGGGGUGUUAGAUGGACCGCAGAAGAAGCCAGAGGGGCCGAUUCAGGCCAUGAUGGCCCAGUCCCAAAGCCUAGGCAAGGGACCUGGACCCCGGACAGAUGUGGGAGCGCCAUUUGGCCCCCAAGGACAUAGAGAUGUCCCCUUCUCUCCAGACGACAUGGUUCCACCUCCCAUGAACUCCCAGGCUGGGCCCAUAGGACCCGACCACCUAGACCACAUGACUCCUGAGCAGAUCGCUUGGCUGAAGCUGCAGCAGGAGUUUUAUGAGGAGAAGCGGAGGAAGCAGGAGCAAGUGGUGGUCCAGCAGUGCUCCCUCCAGGAUAUGAUGGUCCAUCAGCAUGGGCCUCGGGGCGUGGUCCGGGGGCCGCCGCCUCCCUACCAGAUGACGCCAGGGGAAGGCUGGGGGCCUGGGGGUGCAGAGCCGUUCUCUGACGGUAUCAACAUGCCACACACGCUGGCCCCUCGGGGCAUGGCCCCCCAUCCCAACAUGCCGGGGAGCCAGAUGCGCCUCCCUGGAUUUGCAGGGAUGAUGGGCUCUGAAAUGGAGGGGCCAAACGUCCCCAACCCGGCAUCUAGACCAGGUCUUUCUGGAGUCAGUUGGCCCGAUGAUGUGCCAAAAAUCCCAGAUGGUCGAACCUUCCCUCCCGGCCAGGCCGUCUUCAGUGGUCCCGGCCGAGGGGAGCGCUUCCCAAACCCCCAAGGGUUGUCUGAAGAGAUGUUUCAGCAGCAGCUGGCGGAGAAGCAGCUGGGCCUGCCCCCCGGGAUGAGCAUGGAAGGCAUCCGGCCCAGCAUGGAGAUGAAUAGGAUGAUCCCAGGUGCUCAGCGACAUAUGGAGCCUGGGAGUAAUCCCAUUUUUCCUCGAAUACCAGUUGAGGGUCCGCUGAGUCCUUCCAGGGGCGACUUCCCCAAAGGAAUUCCCCCACAGAUGGGCCCUGGUCGGGAACUUGAGUUUGGGUUGGUUCCCAGUGGCAUGAAGGGAGACGUCGGCCUCAACAUCAGCAUGGGCUCCAACUCUCAGAUGCCAUCUCAGAAGCUGCGAGAGGCUGGGGCCGGGCCGGAGGAGAUGAUGAAAAUGCGCCCCGGGGUUUCGGAGAUGCUGCCCGCUCAGCAGAAGAUGGUACCCCUGCCGUUCGGCGAGCACCCUCAGCAAGAGUAUGGCAUGGGCCCUAGGCCGUUUCUCCCCAUGUCUCAGGGUCCAGGCGGCAACAGUGGCUUGCGGAAUCUCAGAGAACCAAUUGGACCCGACCAAAGGACUAACAGCCGGCUCAGUCACAUGCCACCACUACCUCUCAACCCUUCCAAUAACCCCACUAGCCUCAACACAGCUCCUCCCGGUCAACGCGGUCUGGGCCGGAAGCCCUUGGAUAUCUCUGUGGCAGGCAGCCAGGUGCACUCCCCCGGCAUUAACCCUCUGAAGUCUCCCACCAUGCGCCAAGUCCAGUCACCCAUGCUGGGCUCGCCAUCAGGGAACCUCAAGUCCCCCCAGACUCCAUCGCAGCUGGCAGGCAUGCUGGCGGGCCCAGCUGCCGCUGCUUCCAUUAAGUCCCCUCCAGUCCUGGGGUCUGCUGCUGCUUCGCCUGUUCACCUCAAGUCGCCGUCCCUUCCGGCCCCGUCGCCUGGGUGGACCUCCUCUCCAAAACCUCCCCUGCAGAGUCCCGGGAUCCCUCCCAACCACAAAGCACCCCUCCCCAUGGCCUCCCCAGCCAUGCUGGGAAGUGUCGAGUCAGGUGGGCCCCCACCUCCUGCAGCCAGCCAGUCUGCCUCUGUGAAUGUCCCCGGAAGUCUUCCCUCUAGUACACCCUACACCAUGCCUCCCGAGCCGACCCUGUCCCAGAACCCUCUCUCGAUUAUGAUGUCUCGAAUGUCCAAGUUUGCAAUGCCCAGUUCGACCCCCCUGUACCAUGAUGCCAUCAAGACCGUGGCCAGCUCAGACGACGACUCCCCUCCAGCUCGGUCGCCCAACUUGCCAUCAAUGAACAAUAUGCCAGGAAUGGGCAUUAAUACGCAGAAUCCUCGAAUUUCAGGUCCAAACCCCGUGGUUCCGAUGCCAACCCUUAGCCCCAUGGGAAUGACCCAGCCACUCUCUCACUCCAACCAGAUGCCCUCUCCGAAUGCCAUGGGACCCAGCAUACCUCCUCAUGGGGUCCCCAUGGGGCCUGGCUUGAUGUCACACAAUCCGAUGAUGGGACACGGAUCCCAGGAGCCUCCGAUGGUACCUCAAGGACGGAUGGGCUUUCCCCAGGGCUUCCCUCCAGUACAGUCUCCUCCACAGCAGGUCCCAUUCCCUCACAAUGGCCCCAGCGGCGGGCAGGGCAGCUUCCCAGGCGGCAUGGGUUUCCCAGGCGAAGGCCCCCUCGGCCGCCCCAGCAACCUGCCCCAAAGUUCAGCAGAUGCAGCACUUUGCAAGCCUGGAGGCCCGGGGGGUCCCGACUCCUUCACUGUCUUGGGGAACAGCAUGCCUUCAGUGUUUACAGACCCAGAUCUGCAGGAGGUCAUCCGACCCGGAGCCACCGGAAUCCCCGAGUUUGAUCUGUCCCGCAUUAUUCCAUCCGAGAAGCCCAGCCAGACACUGCAAUAUUUCCCUCGAGGGGAAGUCCCAGGCCGUAAACAGCCCCAGGGUCCUGGACCCGGGUUUCCGCACAUGCAGGGCAUGAUGGGCGAGCAAGGCCCCCGUAUGGGACUGGCGUUACCUGGCAUGGGAGGACCAGGGCCAGUGGGAACUCCGGACAUCCCUCUGGGUACAGCUCCCUCCAUGCCAGGCCACAACCCAAUGAGACCGCCUGCCUUUCUCCAGCAAGGCAUGAUGGGUCCCCACCACCGGAUGAUGUCACCAGCACAAUCGACGAUGCCCGGCCAGCCCAGCCUGAUGAGCAAUCCAGCCGCUGCCGUGGGCAUGAUUCCUGGCAAGGACCGGGGCCCCGCCGGGCUCUACACCCACCCGGGACCCGUGGGCUCUCCAGGCAUGAUGAUGUCCAUGCAGGGCAUGAUGGGACCCCAACAGAACAUCAUGAUCCCCCCACAGAUGCGGCCCCGGGGCAUGGCUGCUGACGUGGGCCUGGGUGGAUUCAGCCAAGGACCUGGCAACCCAGGGAACAUGAUGUUUUAAGCUGCUAAGAUUGGAUGUGCCGACCCUUGUCAAGAUGAGAUUCCAGGUCCUGCGGCUGCUCUGCGCAAGCUCCGGACGUGCUAUUGAUCAUGCAAUAGGAGAACGGGGACCCGAGGGCUGCUUUGGGGGAGGGGGGAACCUCGAGAAUGUAUGGAUUUACCUGAAAACAAAUUAUUCAUUUAAUCAACAGGUGUGUUUUUUUUUAAGAUUUAUUUUUUAAAAAUUAUUUUUGUGGACUUGGGUAUCCCGUGAUGGCACCUACUUUGGGGACUCCGUAGCCGUGCUUUGAGAAUUGCCAUCAGUCCUGUGUUGCACCGGUCUCUGUAUGUUUACGUCCUUCGGACUGGCUCCUCCCAGGAUUGGUUUCUGGUUUCGUUUUCGUUUGCCCCCCCACCCCCUUUUAUUUGGGCUUUAUUAAUUUUGUGUGUGUGUGUGUGUGUGUGUACUGUACUAUAUUGUAAAGGGAUUUUAGCAGAGACUUUUAGUCUUUGGGACAAGAGGAGAACAGGAAUGCUGGGCUGUUUACUUUAGGUGGAGAAUCCAUCUUCAGACCUUUGGACUAUUUUCUUUCAACUCCAGUGUAUAGAAAAACCAAACUACGACCUCAGAGCAGAGUAUUAAUGAAAAGCACAAAAAAAGAAAAAAAAAAAGGAACUAAGUUCAGCAAGGGG